AUGGAGCAUCAACCGUCAUCCGUCGAGUCCGAGCGGGAGAAUUCACUUUUCCUCAAGCUCGUGUACUGGCACAAGCUUUUCGAAUCCGAUGCGCCUCCACGGCUGGGUAUAGAUGUUGAAAGGCGCAUACCGUACGCUACCAUGUGUGCAUUUUUCCCCGGUUUAGCUUUGGGGUAUGUCCAUGGCAGCAAAAAGGCUGGUUUGCUGUUCCGGGCAGAGAACGCACACCGAUUCCCCACAACCUCGACUGGCUGGUUCCAGUAUCACAAGACCAAAAACUAUAUCUCCAUUGUCGGUGGUGUGAAGGAUGGGGUGAAAAUGGGAGCUAAGCUUGGUGCUGGAGCUUUGGCCUUUUCUCUAUUCGAGGAGACAGUGGACUAUGCUCGGCAUGAGGAGAGAGACUUUUUGUCGACAGUCACUGCCGGAUUAUCGUUCUCCGGUAUUUACAGUUUACUAGCUCGUCAUGACGUUUAUACUGCUGCUCGUACCGCAAAAUUCGGAUUGAAGCUGAGUUUGACCUACGGCUUACUGCAAGAUGUUCUGGAAACAGCGAAAGGGAAUCGCCCCAAAUACUUGGACUUUUUCCUUGGCAAACGGCAAUCCGACCCAGAGGAGGGUGCUAUCUGA